GUAAGAAAGCUUUGAGGUUACUAGCAAAAAUAUUACAUAGAGCUACUCAGGCGCUAAUGGAGUUAAAUGAGUUUCAAGUGGUGACUGAGGGGGAGACUAGGAAUGCUGCCGGCCCCCUGCCAGGGAGAUGUGGCUAUUUUGUGCAGAGGAAGAGAAGAUAUUGCAAGAUGAUCGUGUCAGAAGGGAAGAAGUUCUGUGGUGAGCAUGCAGAGAAUGGGGAGGAAACAAGCAGAAGAAGAAUUCCCUGUCCUCUGGACCCCAAACACACAGUGUAUGAGGACCAGCUGCAAAAACACAUUAAGAAAUGCAAUUCCAGGGAGAAGCCCCAACCAGUCUUUUAUGUGCAAAACAUCAAUUCAGGCACUGUAGAUCUAGACACCGGCGAGGAACAGGUGAGCCUCAGUUCCUUGUCCAAAGAAGAACUGCAGAAACUUACAGAAACACUACUAAGGGUCACCAGUGAUCUGGAUCCACCACUGCCAGACGGGAAAUUAUGUCACUCUGCAUUACAAGAAGCAUUGAAUGACCCAACAAAUGGAGACACUGCCUGCAAGCAUCUCAAACAACAGGCCUCUAUUUUGGGUCAUUUGGAUAGGUUGGGUCUGUUGGGCACUUCUCGCUGCUUUGUAGAGUUUGGAGCAGGCCGAGGGAAGUUAUCCCAUUGGGUGAACAUUGCCUUAGAAAAUGAUGACGACGUCCACUUCCUACUGGUAGAGAGAGCCACCACUAGGUUUAAGGUGGAUGGGAAGCAGAAAAAGUCUACUUUUGAGAGACUACAUAUUGACAUCCAGCACCUUUCUUUAGAUCGAGUCCCCAGCCUUGUUCAGAAAAGGCUGCCGGUUAUUGGAAUUGGAAAACACCUCUGUGGAGCUGGCACAGAUUUGGCUCUUCGCUGCCUUGUGCAAAAUUACUCUAAUCUAGUGAGAGGAUCACAGUGUAAGCGCCUCAAGAUCGAUACUGGAGAACUUACAGACAACAUAGAAGACAAAUCAGCAAACACUUGUCCCGUUGAAGGGAUUGUUAUUGCCCUUUGUUGUCACCACCGUUGUGACUGGCACCACUAUGUGGGCAGAGAUUUCUUCCAGAAGCUGGGGCUAGGACAGAGGGAAUUUGGACUUUUUCAGCGCAUGUCUAGCUGGGCAACGUGUGGUUCCAGGACACCGGGGCAGGUUUUAAACUCGAGCGAGAAAACAGAACUUGUAGAGACAGAAGAGCAUGACAUAGAAGAACAUAACAUAGAUCUGAAAAACCCAGACUGCGAUUCAGAGGGAGUAGAAGGGCUGGCUCUGACUGUUGAGGAGAGAGAGAAUUUAGGACGUCUUUGCAAACUGCUCCUAAAUCAUGGACGUCUUGAUUACUUGAAUAGUAUGGGCUACACCUCUAGCCUUGAAUACUAUACAGAGCCAGAAGUGUCUUUGGAGAAUGUCCUGUUGAUAGCAGUACCUCAAUUGCAAAGCACACAUUAUUAAAUUGACUGUAGACUGUUCCAAAUUCUUUUACCUUCCUGCUGCCGGCACAACA